AUGACUGUUGAUUUUGAUCACUAUGCAAUUGCUGAAAAAUUAAUUUUGACUUAUGAUCAAUUAUCCAGAAGAAGCUAUCCAGUUCACUCUAAGGUGCCGGGGUUUGAAGGCAAUCCAAAAAUUUUAGGUUCCAUCUGCCUUGAUUUGAGCAUUGACGGUGAAUUUGUUGAAACAUUUAGAAGUUUUUGUACAAGAGAGCCCAAAAUUUUCGCUUUGGAUUGUGAGAUGAUUCAGACCAGUUACUUGACAAAAUCAGUGGGUAAAGUAGCAGUGGUUGAUAUCAAUGGCAAAAGAAUUUUAGAAGAAAUUCUUUUUCCAAAUGACCCAAUGUAUUAUAUGUCCAAAAAGACCAGAUAUUAUGAAGAAAACUUUACUGUUAAAAGCUUUAAAAAGUUACAAAACAAGUUAUGCAAUAUCAUUGGUGUGAACGACAUCCUUGUUGGUCAUGCUUUACAAGGGGAUUUGAGAGCAUUGAAGCUAAGACACCCUAAGAUUGUGGAUACUAGAACGCUUUAUGAAGAUGUAUCUUCUCCUAAAUCAUUAAAAAGUUUGGCUGUCGUGUAUUUAGGUGAAAACAUUCAAAGGAGCAAAAGGAAACAUGAUCCUGUUGAAGAUUUCAGAGCUUCCAUGAGCUUAUUUAAAAAGUUCUGCGUAAAAUCAAAAGCUAAAGUUAUCAAAGAUCAAGAACAUCCUUCAAGUAUAAGUUAA